GAGUCAUUCUCCGAUCAUCCUCCGCAGUUGUGCUAGCAGCCAGCUAGUCAGCAGCAGCAAGAACAAAAAUAUAGAUCGGUAUCGGUAUCGAACGGUGGAGGAACGGAACAUGCACGGAUUCGACGACGGCAGCAAUCAACAAAUUUUAGCCUCAGUUUAGUAGUGUUUUGCCAUCGGUGAAAAAUUGUAAAAAUAUGCCGAAGGCCGGUGUCGUUUCGUCGCGAAAAAUUCUUAGUAAUCGGUCCGUCGUCGUCGUCGCGGUGGCAUUUGUGCUAGUGGCUUUGGCCGUAGUGUCGCAAUCGUUCGGUGUAUGUGCAGCAGCAGCGGUAGCAGGGCCUGAAAAUGAGCAGAAGCAGCAGCAGCAGAGCAGUGAUUUGUUUUUCUGGCUGCCGAAGACAAAUGAGAUACCGCGACUGCAGCGUAGUAUCGCUGAUGGGAGUGAUGGGGGAGGUGGGGGGAAGAACAGUGUGGAAGAAACGGCGGCUGCGGCGGUAAUUACGUCGAGCCAGAACCUAAUGCUGCAUGGCAUUCGGGUUGAGCACGCCGAGAAGGAACCGAUCAUAGACGAGGAUGCUGUUCCGUCUGUGUUGGCGCACUCUUCCGUGACGCUCCGGCUGUACGGCACUGGGCUGACCGAAAACACGGUGGUGAUUUUUACACAGGAACACAAUGUGUAUGGUGGUUCGUGUCUGGUUCCGGUAACAAACAAAUUCCGCGUCAGCCGGGACUCGAUUAGUGAACAUAGUGCUUUGGUGAGGAUUGAGCUCCCCCCGGGGACAAGUGGAAAGUAUUUCUACGUGUGUGCAAAGUAUGAAGCCUCGAAUGAAACUACUUCGGAACAAUUGGCCCGUUCGGUGGAACCAUUUAUCCAUCAGGGAUCCGAUCCGUGGAUGCGGAUGACCAGCCAUGAGCCGAUGCUGCCGCUUUGGUGCUCGCUGGUCAUCAUCGGAGUGUGUUUGAUGUUUUCCGCGUUGUUCUCCGGUUUGAAUCUGGGGCUGAUGUCACUGGAUAGGACCGAUCUGAAAAUUCUUUGCAACACCGGAACGGACGAAGAAAAGCGCUACGCCCGUGCCAUCCAGCCCGUUCGCGAUCACGGCAACUAUUUGCUGUGUAGUAUUUUGCUGGGUAACGUGCUGGUCAACUCGACGUUCACCAUUCUUUUGGACAGUUUAACAUCCGGGGUGGUGGCGGUCAUCUGCUCGACAAUUGCGAUCGUAAUCUUCGGUGAGAUUACUCCGCAAGCUAUCUGCUCUCGCCAUGGCCUUGCCGUCGGUGCUAAAACGAUAAUCAUCACCAAGGCGGUCAUGCUGAUAACGUUUCCGUUGUCCUACCCCACGUCCAAAAUAUUGGACUAUUUGCUUGGUGAAGAAAUCGGAAACUUCUACAAUCGCGAGCGCCUGAAGGAGCUGGUCAAGGUCACGACCGAUAUCAACGACCUGGACAAGGACGAGGUGAACGUUAUCUCCGGUGUGCUGGAACUGCGGAAGAAAACGGUGGAAGAGGUAAUGACCCGCAUUGAGGAUGCAUUUAUGCUGUCGAUGGAUGCCGUGCUGGACUUUGAAACCAUCACCGAGAUCAUGAAGUCUGGAUUCUCCCGGAUACCGGUGUACGAGGGCGAACGAAAAAACAUAGUCACCCUGCUGUACAUCAAGGACUUGGCCUUCGUGGACCCGGACGAUAAUACCCAGCUGAAAACGCUGUGUGAGUUCUACCAGAAUCCGUGCCAUUUCGUGUUCGAGGACACAACCCUGGAUGUGAUGUUCAAAGGGUUCAAGGAGGGCCACAAGGGUCACAUGGCAUUCGUCCAUCGGGUCAACAACGAAGGCGAAGGAGAUCCGUUCUACGAAACCGUCGGGUUGAUCACCCUCGAGGAUGUCAUUGAGGAGCUAAUCCAGGCGGAGAUUAUGGACGAAACGGACGUCUUCACGGACAAUCGCCGGAAGGUGCGUCGGGAUCGGUCCAAACUUCGCCAGGACUUUACAGUAUUCGCACAAGGGCGAGACACAAACUCGCAGCGCUUGCGCAUUUCGCCACAGCUCACGCUGGCCACGUUCCAGUACCUGAGCACCUCGGUGGACGCAUUUAAGCAGGAGAUGGUUUCAGAAACGAUUCUCCGCCGUUUGCUAAAUCAGGACAUUGUGCACCAUGUCAAGCUCAAAGGAAAGGACCGAAAUGACCCGAGCAUGUUCAUCGUCACCCGUGGAAAGCCGGUGGACUAUUUUGCGCUUAUAUUGGAAGGUCGCGUUGAAGUGACCGUCGGCAGGGAGAACUUAAUUUUCGAGAGUGGCCCAUUUACUUACUUCGGAACGCAGGCCCUGAUCCAGAACGUGGGCGUGGAUGUACCGGUGGAUUCGCCCCAGCAGAUCAUGGGUUCACUGCAGUCGCUCAACAUGGAUGCCAUGCUGCGCCACACCUUCAUCCCGGAUUACACCGUCAAGGCGGUGACCGAGGUGGUCUACAUUCAAAUCAAGCGCAACCUGUACUUAGCGGCCAAACGUGCUACCCUGAUGGAGCGUUCGCAACGCUUCGGCGAUCAAUCGAUGGACCCGAUUGACGACGAAGUCGAGAAGCUGCUGCAUUCCCUCGAUGAAGAUGACCGCAGCUACGGGGCAGACACCGUGGCGAACCUCCACACCCCGAGGGCCAGCAAACCGACGAGCAAUGCGCCCUCGCCAACGACGGUGCUGUUUUCGUCGGAUCACAACAAUGGACCAGUGCCGGCACCGCCGUCGGGGAGCCUCGGGGUUGGUCCGAACGUACGCAGCAACAGCCUCGCGGUCACGUUCGACGACUCGGAGAAACCCCUGCUGACCCGUUCCAAAUCUUGAAUGUUCUCUGUCUCCCUCUCAUAUGAUGCUACUGAAACUGUUUUUUCGCCAAGUAAGUUGAUAGUAAUGUUUGUAGUCCUGGUUGUAGUCAAAGAUUAAUAUUAUCAUAUUAUGAAAAAUCAAAUCAAAGCUAUUACUAUUUAAGAUGAAUUAAUAAAAAGAUGAAAGUUUUAUUAUUUUUGCCCUAAAAAAGUUGAAAACGAACCUUUAAAAAUGAUACUAGAUUAUAGGAGGGUCAUGCCACGUCACAAUUGACAUCGAUGAUAUUUUAAAGAUAAGGUACUUAAACAAUGUUCUAAAGUGCGAAACAGGCUGAAUUACUUCUGAACGAUAAGUUGCGUUCAACGCUUUUUUAUGAUAAACAUAAGUCCUGUUUGUUGCAGUUUGAAAGCAAAAUUUUCAGUGUAUAUGUUCAUUUUUUAAAUGAUUAAAUAGGGUCACGGUGCUAUUAGCAAUCCCAAAUGCAUCAUAUUCGAAGACAAAGCGAUUAUGGCACCGAUUGAUUUCGUUCUUUUUGUUAUACCUACAUAUGUACGAGGGCAUCCUUCUAAAAAAUAAGAUACAAAAUAAACAACACUGUCUUUUAUUUUAUAAUUCAGUCAAAUUUGAACCAAUUGACAUAAUUUCUUAUAUGUACCGUGAUUUGUUUCGUUUUGGAAUGAUUUAAAAUGUUAUCGUUUCGACAAGGCAUGACCCGAAGGAGGAAUUUCAUCACUACCCCAUAAAGUUGGUUAGUGGCCUUCCCCGCGCGCGUGCUGCGAGGGAAUCGCGUGUUCAAAAGAGGUGUGUUCAUUUUGCAUACUACACAUAUUCGGGAAACCCCCAAAAACAUCGAACAUCGCUUCCUAUACUCAGAACCCCCCAAAUUGUAACCAACUAUAUAUGUAGGUAUGUAUGUAUCUAGUGGCAGGAAAGAACUACACAGUACCUAGAAAGCGUAGGUGAAAUCACGAAUUAAGUUCCUUUUUCGUAGUAGAAGAGACGGGCAAAAAAAAAAACGCGUCGCGAUUUGUUUCGGGAUAUUCCCCCUCCCACUCCUCCCAUAAACUCACACAAACACACACUGCUGGAUAGCGCGCAUUGAACACUGAAGUAUAACUUAGUAAUGGAGGAAAAGCAGGUAUUAGUUUAUUUUAUGAUGUUACACAGUUUAUACAUUUAUAUAACACGAAUCGUCCCAGAGCAUUUCAUUGCUGCAAUUUAGAAAGAGAAAAUAAAUACAUUUGUUGUGCAUUAUCAGUACGAAUCAAUGCAGGAGAUUAUGCGAAUAAAACCUAGUUUUCACACAAUCGAAUUGAA